UCGCCGCGCGAACAGUGUGCACACGCGAUGUAUACCGUCCGAUCGUGUUUCGCCGCCGUCCCGUUGCUCCUCGUUGUCGCGAUCGGCUGUUGGUCGGCCGCCGACGCCGCCGUCUGUUGCGACAGUAGUUCUGUCGCGGGCGGCGGCGUCGCGUCUUGCCGGAACGGAAACCGGACGUUCUACGCGAUCGAGACGAUCGACGGUGGGACGUGCGACGACAACCGGACAGCCGUGCCGGUCCGGAAAUGCUGUCCGCCGGGCCGGCCGUACGACCCGGAAAUGCGGUUCUGCGGACCGGCCGGGGCGGACGGCGACGAGUACCGGCAGCGGAUGAUGCGGCGACUGCGUGACGGCUUCCGGGCGGCGGCCGACGCGGCGGUGGUGGGCUACGAUUACGAGCCGCCAAAGUGCGACGCCGCGCACGUGCUGGUCGACGUACCCGCCGGCGGGGUGUCCGGGCUGAUGGGAGCAGCGGACGCGUCGGCCGACGGGUUGCCGCCGGGUUACUGCUUCGACCUGACGCCGUCCGAGGAGCUGGUGGCCAGGACGUGUCGGCCGCGCGACCAGUACUGCGACCGGGGCCGUUACACGUGCGUCAACAAGUGCUGCAAAGGCGACCGGAUGAUCGUCGCCGAAACCGGCGGGUGCAAGAAGAGCGAGACGCCGUUCGCGCUGUCCGCCUACGAGACGGACGCGGGCGGCCGGCCGGCGGGUCGGGCGAACAGCACGGUGCUGCCGUACUACGCGCGGCUCGCGUGCGCCAAGCGGGACAAGGUGCGCGGCGGGUUCGCGUUGACCGCGGGCGGCAGCCUCUACCUGACCGGCGACGCCGCGCUCGUGCCGGCCACCCGUUACUGCGUGGAGUAUUACGCCGUGGCCGGGCCGCCCGCCGCCGUCGGCCUGGAGGCGUUCGUGUGCGCCUCGGUGGCCGGCCCGGCGGCCGCGGCCGUGGACACGCGCGGCAGCUGGAAGUACUUCGUCAUCCUGGCCGGUUCCGUGCCGUCGAUCGUGUGCCUAGCGCUCACGCUGCUCGUGUACGCCACGCUGUCCGGUCUCCGCAACGUACACGGCUACAACGUCAUGUGCUACGUGGCCUGCCUGCUCCUGUCGUUCGUCUGCCUGCUGACCAUCCAGUGGCUGCAGGACGCCAUCGACGGCCAGCCGUGCGUGUUCUUCGGUUAUUUUACAUUAUUUGCAUUUCUGACAACAUUUUGCUGGUUAAAUGUAAUAUGCUUCGAUAUUUACUGGAUGUUAAGGUACAACAAUUCAAUAAACAGAAAUUCGUCUAUAUCAGUACGUACCAUUAUAUACCAUAUUUAUUGUUGGGGAUUAUCAAGUAUUUGUGUAUCUACUGGUUAUUUAUUUCAACAUUCACACAACGAAAUGCUACUGAAAUUUUCACCUGAUAUUGGAACCCGUAGUUGUUGGUUUUCUGACGAUACUAACUACGGAAAUAUAGUUUUCUUCAUACUGCCCGUGUCUGUUAUGCUGUCUGCCAAUUUAAUUUUGUUCAUGUUAACUGCUAUUCACUGUUCAAGAAUAAAAUCUGAACUCAAUAAAUUCAAACGAACCGAUUCAAAAACACAGCGAUUUCUUGUUGACAAAGAAAAAUUUGUAAUGAGCAUUAAACUAUUUCUGGUUAUGGGAAUUCCAUGGACAUUCGAGAUAUUAUCUAAAAUCUUACAAAAUGAUUGGUUCAUAUGGCACAUUUUAGAUGAAAUUAACGCACUACAGGGAGUGAUGAUAUUUAUUAUAUUUGUGGCCAAACGCAAAGUUCUUAUAAGCUUACGGAAAAAGUUUAGAGGUUCUAUGGAUCACAGUGAGUCGACAAAAAUGAACACUAUCUCUGGGUCGUCACAAAGCGGCAGUGCUCAUAAAAGUUAUAACGAUUUCUAAAUACAAUGUGUAUGUAGAAUAUUAACUAUUAACUAUUAAGAUUCUAGGGCUUAAGCCUUAAACAGAGAAAAAAUUGAUUAUUUCAUUGCUUUUAAAUAUUACAUUUUCUGUUGUCAUUUUAAAAAUAAAAUAAAAAUAAAUAAUCAUAAAAUUUGAUUUAUCCAAUUUUCUACU